AUGGCCGAAUAUCUAGCUUCGAUUUUCGGCACUGAAAAAGAUAAAGUUAAUUGUUCAUUUUAUUUUAAAAUUGGCGCAUGCCGUCAUGGUGAACGAUGUUCACGUGUUCAUAAUAAACCGACCUUUAGUCAAACAAUCCUUUUAAAGAAUCUCUAUCUUAAUCCAAAUAAUAAUGCUAUUCCAAAAGCAGAAGGUGGUUUUGUUGAGCAGUAUGAAGAAAAUACUUAUACAGAUGAACAAGUUCAACAACAUUUCGAUGAAUUUUAUGAAGAAGUUUAUACUGAAGUUGAAGAUAAGUAUGGAGAAAUUGAAGCAAUGACUGUAUGUGACAAUCUUGGAGAACAUCUUGUUGGAAAUAUUUAUAUUAAAUUUCGUUAUGAACAAGAUGCAGAACGAGCUGUUGCUGAUCUUAAUACACGAUGGUUUGAUCGAAAACCAAUUUAUGCCGAACUAAGUCCAGUGACGGAUUUUAAAGAAGCAAGUUGUCGACAGUAUGAAUUAGGCGAGUGUAUGAGAAGUGGUUUUUGUAAUUUUAUGCAUAUUAAAACUUUAUCACCUGAAAUAAAAAAACGUCUUCGUGAACGUCGAAAACGGUCACGUUCACGUAGUCGUUCAUCAUCACAACGUAAUCGUCGUCGUUAA